CAGCGCACUUGGGUCCUUGUUGGAUUUGCAUGGUGUAACUUGAGCUCGUAAAGGUUGGGCAUAUAUAUUUAAACACACCAUGUUUCUAAAAGAUGCGGCACCUGUUUGCGAAUGUUGCAGAAAACGAGUAGAGGACUGCUUGCCUUGCUGUUGAUGGUGUUGGAGUGGACCCGGCCAGGCCUACCGUCCCCGCUGAGGCCCAUCUGUGACCUGAGGGUCCUGAACCAUUUCAUUAAGGAAGCACGAGACGCAGAAGUCGCUAUGAAGUCAUGUAGAGAAGGAUGUAGCCUGUCAGAGUCUGUCACUGUUCCCCAAACCACAGUCGACUUUGAUGUCUGGGAGAGGAAAAAUGGAUUAGAGCAAGCCCGGGAGGUGCAGUCUGGCUUAUGGCUCUUACAACAGGCUCUCAGCUUGCUACGGACCUCAGUCACCAACACAGCCCUCCACAGCCACAUAGACAACUCCAUCAGAAACCUGCUCAGCAUCAAUGCUGUGCUGCGUAGCCUCAACAUCCAGGAAUAUACCCCACCGGCAAGUGCAGCGGGGCUUGAGGGAACAUGGAGGGUGUCCUCGGCAACAGAUUUGCUCCAAGUCCACGUCAACUUCCUGCGAGGCAAAGUGCGCCUCCUUCUGUCAGAUGCACAGGCUUGUCAGCCAGAUGUCAGCUGAUCAGCUGAUCUCCCUAUACUCCACACGGAGCUAAUUUGUGUUUCUGAAAGGCAAGAGGAGGGACUUGACACUGUUGACCUGCACGCUGGGUGCUGGAAACAGUGUGGGGAAUAGAGAGAAAGAUGCAGCCAUCCUCACAUACGGGGGAGGAAGCUGGAAGGAGAGGACAGUCCCAGCUGGGCUUUGGACAGACAGGAGACGAUUGCACCUUGGAAUGUAGAUGUGAAACGUGGACAUGGUGAAGCACACACUGACCAAAAUGAGGCCCGUGGGACGCACUGCUCCAAUCGCUGUUCUACUGGCACUCUCUUGCACUUUGUGUGUGGAUGUACUUCUGUGUGUGUGUGACUGCAAGUUUAAAUCUGUACGUAGCUCGCAUGUGUGUCAGUGAGUUUGACCCUUACACUCACCUCUUUAGAGUGAAUUGUGGAGAAAGUAUUGAUUGCACCUGGAAACUGGAGGACUGUGAGGUUGCGACAGGGCGUCCAAAAAACGAAUGAGGCCUCAUCCCACAAGCCUUUAACAUUUUUUCAACUAUGCCUCACAAACAUUAGUCUCUUCUCUUAGAUUUUUCAAUGACUAUUUUUAUAUAUUUUGUAAAAGUUGUGCGAUUACUAUUUAUACAGAUUUUAUACUUUUAAGCUCCAGUCUUAGUAUUUUUUAGUGUCGGAUCUUUAAGAUUUUAGUUGAGCUCUCGUUGCCGUGUUCUCUUGUGUAACACUGAACACAUUUACAAAGCUGUUUGUUGGCAUCAUUUGCAAUGGCACUCUUCCUUUUUAUACAGACUGUAUGUACUAUGUACCCGACUAGCUGGUAGUUUCACAUUACAUGUUCCUUCCAACUACCAGAAUGGACUAUAUAAAGUCAGUUCGCAGUGAACGAGGGAGCAAGAGGUCAGUGAGGAGGGUUACAUGAGAACUGUGAAGCUGUUUUGUCAUUAUCUGUGUUUUUGUUGCUGCGUAACCAACACUCAGCCGGUCUCCACACACUGAUAGUCAGACUGCACGGAAAAACGCUGUUUGGCUUUUACAAUUAACUUCCUGCGAGGCUUUAAUUGCAAAUAGUUUUCCAGAAUCUGACGUUAACGCUGUCUCUUCCCUCCCUCUAUUGUUCGUCAUCAUGCAGCAGGCAGGCAAUUAGUUAGUCCUGGGAACUCGAGGCUUUCUAUAGAAUGGAUGCUCAACUCCUCCAGACCGGUUAAGUGUCCUUCCUUGUUUUUUUCCGUGUUUUUAAAUUGUGUUGUGCGAGUGCAAGAUGUUUUUAAGGAUGUUUGUACAUGUUUUCUUUCCUGUUAUUUGUUUGUUGUUUUGUCCCAUCACUGUAUAAUUUGCUAUUUAAAUACAAAAUAUUAUUCUUGGAUAAAGAAAGGAUAGAUGGAAACACAA